AUGCCUGCGUCGCCUGUCUGCUAUUGGUGCAUUGCUGACUUCUUCCUGAUUCUCAUAUCUCUAAUAGCAAUUUCUUUCUUAGGGGCCUCCCACUGUCCACCUCAAGUAGAUAUUCAUCUGCUCAAUUGCUCUGGGAGUGGACUUACAAGCGUGCCACAUCGAGGGCAUCCCGAGACUCGCACACUGGAUCUCUCAAACAAUCACUUAAAAGUCUUGCAUGAGGACAGCUUUGUGGAGUACAACCGACUUAGCCAACUGAUUCUGAAUUAUAAUGACAUCUACAAGAUCACUGAUAAAGCCAUGGAUACCAUUUCAAUGACUUUACGACACCUUUCCCUCCGUGGCAAUCGACUGUCCGUUAGGGCGUCCUCCAACUUUCCCGUAAGUGCCUUAGCAAAACUACGAAAUCUGCGUAGCCUAGAUUUGUCGGAGAAUCCUCUUGGUGUAAUGCACACAAAUUGGCUAGCACCGCUAGGAGGUACGAUGAGAAUAUUGCGUUUGUCUAGCCUGAUAGGUCAAGUGGAGUUACAACCCAAAACCUUCUUUGGACUUGGCCUAUUAGAGGAAUUUGAAUUCUCAAAUAAUACCUUCUAUCACCUCCCAGAAAAUGCUUUCUUCGGGAUUCGACCGGAGAAACUAAAAAAACUCAAUUUGAGAAACAUCCUCUGGCACUGUGACUGCAAACUACUCUGGUUACGACAGUGGUUGGGUAAGAUAAACAUCAUUACUCCUCCGCACGAGCCAGACAUCACUGGUCCCUGCUCGUAUCCUCCAAAAUUCAGCACUGUUCCACUGAUUCGUCUACCCAUCAGCCAAUUUCAAUGCCCGCCAAAAUUACAGAGCAUGGAAUCGAAUGCGCCACACUAUUUUGGAAAGCAAAACGCUCUAAUGCAUAUAUCACCCUCCAUUGGAGAGUCAGUCACCCUCACCUGCACCUUUGUCAGUCAACCCAAAAUGUUAGUUCAGUGGUACAGAAAUGGAGCUCUAUUGCGGCCCGAACUGAAGCGGUUCGCACAGAGCGUAACCAAAGGCUCAAAAUUUUCCACCGUCUUGACCAUUUCUGCCUUACGUGCACCCGAAGAUAACGGAAAUUAUACCUGUAAAACUAGCAACAAUCGCGGUUUGGCAAAGGGUGUGUUUUUCUUGAAGGUAUUCGAUUCAGUGAGAGACUCCAAGUAUCUUCUUGAUGAAGCUCAGCCGACAGCAGCACAGCACACUCCUCAUGAUGACACCCAGCUUCCAGAAACGUCACGACUUCUCGUGAUUUCUUUCACCGUUAUAUGCUUGUGUGUAAUAUGUGGAGCAGGACUUCUUGUUGUUUUGCUGCUCUUCCAUGUUAGAAAUAGACGUACACGAAUUCAAGGUCAAAGAGCAGCACAAGUGGCAGCAAAGACGUUUGAAAACAUGCUCUAUAUUGAGCCACCACCACCACCGCCUCCUCCUCCUCCUCUUCCUCCUCUACAGUCACCAUCACCGCCACUGACACCGCCGCCACAAAUAAUGUACAAGAGCAGCUCACCUUGCAGUCCAGCGUCAAUGCUGAAGAUAGGCUUGGAUAAGCGUAUCCGUAAACCACUCACAGUACAACCAAUUACAAACAACUUGAUAUAUUCUGAGGCUUACGAAGUUUCAAAGUACAUGUCUUUCAGCAAAGUUGAUGAGCCAAACAAUGCAGAAAGAGAUAGGCCGAUAGUGCGAACUUUUGCCCCAUUUGUGACUUCUAGCGAGAGUGAAGGUGAUGCUGAGGGCAGUAGCGACACCAGUGAUGGUGUGGAUAAAGCUUGUCCAGUUCACGGUAGUUGUGCAAAAGGGGGAGUACCCUUUUGUCCGGUCCAUUCUCAUUCCUUCUCGGGGUCUGCAGCUCCAGGGUCGUCGUUGUCCUUCUUGUCAAAAGACAUCUUUAAUGGAAGCACUUCAGUCAACACACACCGUCAAUGGAGUAAUCUUGAAGGUUACGGAAAGUGCAAUGGGAUGAGCAGAAGUCUACUACGAAGUCGGAUAAACUCGACCACAAGUGAUCUUAGAUCUCUGAAGUACUGA